AAGACCUCGUGAAACUACCGUCGCUUUCCCAGGUUCCACAUCUCGUGAACUCGCCUGCCGGCCAUCCCCGCACACCUUUGCCGUCGCCACCUGCUGCUCCCAUCCCUCUGCAGCUUGGAACAGCCCAGGCCUGCGCCGCGCUCCUCCGGAGCCGGACGAAUCGAGCCGCUGCGUCGGUUAGAGCCGCCGGGCCGUGGGAGCCUGCCGGCUGAUGCGGCGGCGGCAAUGGGACUAUGGGAGUUCAUCCUGCGCGGCGGCGGCCAGCGGUUCAUCAAGCGCAAGGGCAGCGACGCCGGCGAGGCUGGCCGGGCAAUGGAGGAGCUGAGAGGUUCUCUCUACAAUGAAUUUCAUACUUCGGAAGGGGCUAAGCGACAGCAGCAGAGGUUUUGUGGCCCGGGUGUCGCGCUAACAUUCAACUUUGUGGUUUCUGUUUGGAUCAUCAUGGCAAACAAAAUGGUGAUGGGUAGCAUUGGGUUUAACUUCCCAGUUGCACUGUCUCUAAUUCAUUACAUAGCUGCCUGGGUCCUCAUGGCUGUCCUGAGGGCAUUAUACUUGAUGCCCAUCGCUCCUCCUUCGAAACCCACUCCUUUCUCCUCAUUAUUCGCUUUGGGUGCUGUGAUGUCUUUUUCCACCGGACUUGCUAAUAUCAGCUUAAAGCAUAAUAGUGUAGGGUUUUAUCAAAUGGCUAAGAUAGCUGUAACUCCAACCAUAGUUGCAGCAGAAUUUAUUCUUCUCAAGAAAGGUGUUUCCUUUCGAAAGGUUAUCACACUAGUUAUAGUGUCAUUUGGUGUGGCUGUAGCAACCGUUACUGAUUUGGAGUUCAACUUUUUUGGUGCUUGUGUAGCAGUAGCUUGGAUCAUUCCUAGUGCUAUAAACAAGAUCCUGUGGUCAAAUCUGCAACAGAGUGGAAACUGGACUGCUCUUGCGUUGAUGUGGAAGACAACCCCAAUUACGAUAUUUUUCUUUCUUGUCCUGAUGCCUUUGAUGGAUCCUCCGGGAUUGUUGUAUUUCAACUGGAAUUUCAAGAACAGCUGUGCAGUUAUGAUAUCUGCUUUGCUUGGUUUUCUUCUUCAGUGGUCGGGUGCUUUGGCACUUGGUGCAACCUCGGCUCUAUCUCAUGUUGUGCUAGGCCAAUUCAAGACUAUCGUCAUAAUGCUCUCUGGGUUUCUGUUAUUUAAAUCUGAUCCUGGACUCACCAGUCUUUAUGGAGCUGUCAUUGCACUAGGAGGCAUGUCAGUCUACACUUACCUAGGGCUAAAAGAGUCAACCACCGGUGGUAAGAGAAUUCCAUCAGCAUCUAGGCAGAGUUCUCUCUCACUGAAGUCCAAGGUUAUAAUAGACGAAGAAAAGCCAGAAACAAGACCUGUGGACUCUGUCUAAGUUGAAGAAUUGCCAUUUGGACUGCAUUUGUUGAGUUCCAUGCACCAACUUCUCGUGAGCAUAACCUUAUUGAGGAAAGGCGGUCAAUUUGUAUGCAAGUAGCAUUCUUAAGAGCAUGCUCUCUUUUCCCCUCUUAUCUUCCUAGAAUGCUAUGAUUCUGUAUUAGGAAAUUUUAGUAAGCUGUUGUUCUCUGUUCACCAUACUCUUAACAUAGAAAUAGCUGCCAUUCUCUAGUGUUGCCAAUUUUGAUCAA